GGCUCAGUCUCGCUCAUUUUUCUCUUUGAUUCCAUCAAGUUGAAUUCUCAGUUGAUUUGAAAUUAUUGUUAAUUUGGUGAAAAAUUAAAAUUUUCAAUAAAUAAAUUAAAUUGUUUUCACUUUACUAUUUAUUACCUCGACUUGUUAUCUUAGUGUCUCUUCUGGAUCACCUUUUUGGACUUUUCUUAACCACCUUUACCUUUUUUUCCUCUUUCUCUGUCUCUUUCUCUGUCGCUCUCUCUUUCUUACACAUACACACUCAUCUUUUUUUUCAUCUUUAUCUUCAUCUUUUGUUAUUGUCUCUCUCUCACUUCCCUUGGUAGUUUUUUUAGUGUUUCUUUUUUUUUCAUUUUUUUUUGUUUCCAUUUCAUUUUCUGCCUUUUUUAACCUUCUCCUUUUCCCCUGUGUUACUGAUGAAAACUGAACCAAGUGCACCAGUUAAGGUAAAAUUGGAGAAAAAUGAUACUUGUUAUUCAUCUUCAGCCAAUACUCAUCAUUCUGUGAAACAGGAGACAAAGGUUAAUUUUAACUUAGAUAUAAAGCCAAACAGCAUUAAAAGUUACCAUGAAAAUUUGGAACUCGGUGGUACCAGUGCUUCAAAAGUAACUCGAACCCGUAAAGUGCGUAGAAAAGCAGGAGGACGUAAAGUGUCAACCAAAAGAAAAUCAACCUACAAACGUAAAACUAAGGGAAGAAGAAGACGCCGAACAACUGCAACAACAACAACAACCACACGAAAAACUACUCGGCGUAAAAGAACAACUAAAAAAUUGGUUACUGGCAAAGCUUUAACACCUCGAGCAAGAAUUUGUAAAAAAUUGGGAAUCGAGAGAAAUUUAUCUCUUGGUAUUCAUUCUCUACCCACCAUUAGAAAGAUGACCCAAGAAAAUACAAUUAAUCAUAAAAGAUCUGCUGCUGGUAUUGGUGUUCUUUCACUUUUUGGUUCAGAAUUAAAUUCUCAUGGUUCAGUUCCAUUAAGAGAUGAUGGUCCUGAUAUAGAUACCGAUUUAUCUGGUGUUGAUGAUCGUUCACCUUUACCUGAUGAACAGGAAGAUUCUUAUGGGCCACAAUUACCUCCAGAAGAUAUUCCUUUAGAAAUUGAUAAUGUUGACAAUUCAAGUAACCAUAAUAAGGACACAAAAAUCAACAAUUUAACCACAAACAAUGAUAAUAAUGAUAUAAUCACCACCGAUAACAAUAAUAUAGAAAGUACUUAUAAUAAUGAAAACCACGAUGAAUUACCUGUGAUUGAUAUUAAACCUCCAGUGCAAGUAAAUGAAAGUAUAGUUGCCGAUCAGACGAUAACACCAAGUGAAGAAAUUAAAUUACCUUCAACAGCCGAAGAGAGGGAAACAACUGAUCCUGAUGGAGAAAGUAAAGCUAAAUUGAAAAGAUGUAAACAUGGUAAAAUUAUUCAUGCCAAAAAACACGAUAACAAUUCAAGUAGUAAAUCUAAACGAAGCAGCUCAAAGGAUAACAAGAAAGAAGAUCACAAAUCAAGUUUAUUAAGAACAAUCAAGAAAGAACCGCGAGAUAGAGAUGAGGAAACACCGAAAGAUUCUCGUGAAAAUAGAGGAAGCAGAUCAUCUUUACCAAAUCGCCAUGAUGUUGAUAAUAAUCGGCGUCUUAUACCACAUGAUGAAAGAACUUCAAAACACCGUGAAAAUGAUAGAAAUCGUGAAAAUCAUCUACGUGAAGAUAGAACUCAUAGUGAUAAAAGAAAGCGUUUAAGUGCAAGUAAAGAAAUACUUUCACCUUCAUCAACAUUACCAAUAUCAACGACGACAACAACAACAACCACAAAUGCGACAUUAUUAUCACAUCUUCCUUUGCCACCUUUAACUUCUUCAACGAUACGAUCAAGAUCUGAUGAUAAUUCGUCGAAACGUCGAAGUAGCAGUAGUCAUAGAAGAGAUUCAUCAAGAAAUAAUCGAUCACCAACUCGAAAAGAGUCGAGAAAGACAAGUCCCCAUCACGAUCCGAUUGAAAAUAAAACCAGUGACAUUAGAAAGAAAUCUGAUCCAGAAGAAGAUGAUAAAUCAAAAGGAAAGAAAAAGAAACGAAAACAUAAACAUAAACACAGUAAAUACAGCGAUGAAGAUGAUUAUCGAGAAACAAAAAGUGCAAAACAUUACGAUCCAAUUGAAAGUAGCAAUGGAAAACGAAUAUCGACAAAUCUAACCAGUGACAAAAUAGCAACAAGUUCUACCAAUAACUCUCGCCAUCAAGAUCAUCAUCACAAAAAGAGUAGUAGUAAACAUCGUCAUCAUUCACGCGAUGGUCGAUCAUCGCCACUUUCUUCAUCUCAUAAAACAACGACCUCUCCUAACCAUCGUGAAGAAAGGGAUGAAAAGUCACGUAUAUCUCGUUCUAGAACGAAAAGAGCGCGACACUCAUCUCCAUCUGAUCAUGAUCACAUUUCCAAUAGAAAUCGAGAUGAUCGACGCGAAUCAAUACAAACCAAGAGUGGGAAAGUUUUAUCCUCAGUUAAUCCAACCACGAACGAGGUGAACACCAAAGAGAUUAAAGUGAAAAUUGAAGAUGCUAAAGAUUAUAAAGAUCACAAAGAACAUGGUAUCCCAACCAAUCUGAUAGGCACCAAUACAAACAAUACCAAUAAUGUUAAUAAUGUUAAUAACAGUAAUAGUAAAGUUUCCCGAUCCCCGACGGAAAUUAAAUCAGUUUUAUCGAAACCUGGUUCACCACCGAAAAAGGAUGUUCGUUUAGUAUCCAAAUCAAGAACUGAAUUUGAUAUUUUUUGGGAUGAGAACAGUCAGAAUAAGAAAGUCGAUAGUUCCCUUGUAGAUUUUGAUCCAACUAUCGAUAAGUCUGGUAAAGAAGAAACUGGACUUCGGUUUUUACCUCGAACACUUUUGUCCGAUCAAACGUCUCCAAAUGUUCAUCUUCCACCCACGGUGGGUCCAAGAACACCUCCAGAUGAUGAAAGAGCCGAGAAAAACGUUAUCCUUUCCUCCCCUGAUCAAACUAUGCCAACUCCAAUUCAAGAUGAAUCUCUUGAAGGAGAUUAUAGCAAUGGAACACCAACUAAACAACAAGGAAGCAUUAAAUCACUUAAUUCACCUUCGAUUGAUCCAGAUAUUUAUGAUCCGGAAGCUCCAUUGGAUAGUCCUGAAGACGAUCAAUUGAUUAAAAGUGAAAUCGCUCGAUCUCAGGCAAAGUUAAACGAGAUGGAGAAAAAGUUAUCGCCUAGUGAGAAGCAGAUUUCCGCCGUUGAAACUGUCCCUAGGCCUGAAACACCGGAAUUGCCUUCGCCUCGAUCACCUCACACAAACAAUAACAAUACCCCGACAACAACAAAUCAACAUAAAUUUAAAUCUCCCAUCAUUCCUCCUCUUUCAUCAUCGACAACAUCAACUUGUCGGGCUCCCACUCUCGCCGAAUCCUCUUUACCACCAGCUCCAGGCUCGCUUUUAGCUCAAAUUCAGAAAACUUUGAACCUUCAAACCAAAACUCAUUCAUCUCACUCAGACUCAUCCAAGCAAUCUCACCCUUCUCAUAGCGGAUCAACUGGAAUCUUAUCCUCAUCUACAUCAUCAUCUCUUCAAUCAUCAACAUUUCUUCAUGCAGCUAGUGGAUCAUCUGGAAAUGAUCAAACAAAUAAAUCAUCGUCAUCAACUGCAACCUUAGCACCUAAUAUAAAUUCACUAUCACCUUCAUUAAAAUCAUUAUUGGAAAAUCUAAUCAAAGCAGCAGAGCAACAACAAUCUAAAACCAAGUCAUCCAAAAUGGUAUCAUCUUCAAAUGUCAACAAUAUUUUCAAAAAACCUGCUCCCGUUUUAGAUUCUAAAUCUCGUUCAGUCUCCCAUUCACAUCAUCAUUCAGUCAAAACAAAGGUAAUCGACAAAGAACCAACCAAAAAAGUAACUUCGUCAGUAAAUCAAGGCCCAACUCCAAUUGGAUCAGCACCUCAAGGUCCAGGAAUGAAAAUAACUGAUGUUGCCGUUCUUGAUGAUGUACCUUCAUCCGCAGUCGAAUUACAAGUCAAAGAAAAGUAUUUGAAAAAAUUGAAUAGACAAGAACGUGUAGUUGAAGAGGUGAAAAUGGUACUGAAACCAUUUUAUCAACGAAAAGAAAUCACCAAAGAUGAAUACAAAGAAAUUAUGAGAAAAGCAGUUCCAAAGAUCUGUCACAGCAAAUCAGGAGAGAUUAAUCCACAAAAAGUUCGUUUACUGGUCGAAGGUUAUUGUCAAAGGUACAAACAUGAUCGUAAAAAGAGUAAAACUGUCAAAGGAAAAUGAUCAAAUCAAAAGGUGACAUUUGGAUGGUUAUUUUUUUUAAUGCGAGAACAAAGUCCUUUUCUCAACGAGAAGAUUGAUUUACAUAUUUCACCAUCAUCUUCAUCUUUGCUUCAAUUAUCUUCCAAUCUAUCUCUAUGAAGACAAAUGUAUUCAGAUUGAGCUUGUAAUUUUGUUAUUAGCAAAUGAUAGUUGGUUAUUUAUGCUUUUCUUCAAUCUGAAUUCAUCAUCAUCGAUAGAGUAAACAUAAUGUAAUCUACCAACAGGGAAGAAAAUUUCAAUUCUUAUUUAUCUUCGUUUUUAUCACCAUCAUCACCAUCGUCAUCAUCAUCUCCUUCAGCAUCUCAUUGUUAACCUUUAAUUCUUAUCCUUAAUGGGCCAAGAAUUUGCAAUGACAGUCGAUUGAUAUGAUUUCUAACGGUUGCUUUUAAGCUCCUUUAAUUGUUGAAAUUGCAAAAGAAAUUCACAUUUUGAUAAAAUACAAAUUAUCAAUCAACAAGCUAACUAGUGUCUGGAAAAAAUCAAACAAUUAACCAGGAUUCCCUUGUACAAAUUGAAUGAUUGAAUAUAUGUUAUAAAUACUAACAAACUAUCCUGGCAAUUUAAUUGUUAUUUGUAAGGAGCAACAAUUAGGAAACAAUCAAAUGUUUUCUUCAUUGACCCCCUUCUGAAUCUCUUCUGGAUAUUUUGGCUUCCAUUGAAUGGUGAUUACUGGAUUAACAGAGCAAUUAAAGAGAAUCAAUUUGCUUUGAGAAAAAAAAAUCAGCUGAUUCCCAGAUCAACACAAUCAAAAUCAAGGAAUAACUUAAUUUAAAUCCUCGAUUAUUAUUACAAAUAUAUAUAAAUAUUAUUACAUUUACAAUUAACACGAUUAUAAUUCAAAAGAGAUAACCAUCAUGUUAGAUUAACAUUCUAAUUAACUCAGCGAACAAUUAAAAGUCACCAUCAACUACUAAACAUUGACUGAUAUCAAUUAAAUUUUCCCUUUGAUUGAAUUUCAUCUGAUCAGGAAAACAUGAAAAACUUCAAUAAACUCAAGAAGAUUCACUUUUUCAUCUCGAA